UCUGCGGCAGACUCCACGCCAGCCGGUCGUAUCGUCAUCCUUCUCCGAGCGUAACCUCCGUGUGUUCGUAACCUUCGCUUCCGUUAUCACGAUAAAUUACCUCCAACCCUAAAACGUACGCUGAGAAAAACUAGUUACAGAGUUAAAUAGACGGUUUUGGUUUUCUUCGGCGAACAUUUAGGGAGUGCCACUUGCAAGAAUCCCACAGGUUGCAGUUAUAGAGAUAGCGAUCUUCUCGAGGAUGAACAGAUCAACCCACGAUUUAAGGAGCUAAACAGGAUCAGAUUCUGAACAGACCAGAGGAGAUAUCAGCGUGACUGCAGCAUGGAGAUCUGUAGGUGAGCUACACCGGCCCGGGGGAUGGACGUCACGUGGAUAUGAGAGCGCUCGUGUUGCUGCUGGCGUGGGUCAUGUCUCAAGGUCAGAGUCAAGGUCAAGGUCAGUGCGGGGGCAUGCUGAGCGCUCCCCGGGGAGUCCUGCAGACGCCAAAUUUCCCCCGGAAGUUCGCGGUUCCACAGCGCUGCCACUGGAUCAUAGACGCCAGUCAGGUGUCCAGUGGGAAACACUCCUCUAUCAUCGUCUACUUCACGCAGCUCUUCGUCACGGCCGGUCUAACAUUCACCGAGUUCGACUACUACGAGCAUGACUCCACGUUCCAGCUCGGCGGCCGGGAGAUUCACAGGGUGACGGAGCAGAACGUCACGUCGCUCCAGUGGCUGAUGACUCCUCGCCAGUACCUGGUGGUGGACUUCUCGCUGGAGCGGCUGGAAGGAAACCAUCUCCGGGUGCUGGACGAUAUGCUGGACGUGUACGGGUUUAACAUCACAUACGAGAUUGACAAGGGUGCCAAGAACAGUUCUUGUUCAGUCAUCGACUGUUCCAUGUCCGGACACUGCUACGCCUCUUACGACUUUAAGGAGUACUACUGUUCGUGCUUCCACGGGUUCUCGGGUCCUUUGUGUGGCCUCGGACCUCUGUGCCAACCCGCCGGCAACGUGUGUGAGAACGGAGCAACUUGCAGACAGGUGGGAGCCAUCGCCAGCACAUGUCAAUGUCCCGAGGGCUUCACGGGAGCAAAGUGUGACGUCCGUCUCUCUGACCGAGAUUGCGCUGAGGAGAGCUGCACAACUCAGUGUCCAGAGGACGGAACUGGAGAACCGUGCGCUUGCGGGCACAAGGGUGUACCCCUCACAAACGACAGGGCAAGAUACGAGGGGACUUUGAGACUGACCAAUGUAUCAGCGGUGAGACAAUGCCUGGAGAGUUCUAGCUGUUCGCUCAAACCAACACUAAGCAAGCAGAUAACAAAAUAUCUCAGGAGUAGUAACCUCUCCAUUAUGGAAGAUCUUCGAGUUCUAGAUGUCGGGUUUAGCGGAGAAGUGCGCUUCCACUUCUGGGGAGGAAAGAGUGACGGGUCGCGAGUCCGGGAGUCGCUCAACCGCUUGGUGCAGAGAGGACGUCUGGGCAACGUGACCUUGGUGGCUACUCAUCUGGCCAUCACUCAGGAGCCUACCCUUCACCUGCAGAGUCUCCGCCUAAACCAUCCAAAGAUGCAAGUGCGCCAAGGUGAAGAGUUUGUCCUCUCGUGCAUCGUCCAGGGCUCAUCGCAUCUUAGCUUCCGAUGGUUCAAAGAUGGCGUUUUCGUCAACAUUACAAAAUCUAGGAGGACAAUGUGGUCAAGGCUACUUCCGCUGGACUCUUCCGAGCAGUACACCGCCUUGUUGGGGGUGGAGAGAGCAGAUCCUCUGGACAAAGGUGUCUAUACUUGUCAGGUGACGGACUGGGGCUACCAGCAGUGUCGAUCUGUGUCACUGGAGGUUCUGCAGGUCCCUCGAGUCCGGCUGGACCCAAUGAGCAUUACGGUAGAGAAGGGUGAAAAUGUGACGAUAAAAUGCACCUCACCGAACGAGCUGGAGUUCGACACCAAAUUCGGAUACAGCUGGACCAAGAACAACGCGUUGUUUAAGAUGACUCCAGAACAGGAAUUCUGGGAAGAUCUUUUCCCAGGUGGAAGUCUAUUGAGGAUAUACAACGUACAGAAGUCGGCCACCUACACUUGUCACGUGCACGGCAGUGUGAGGACGGUCUCCCGCAGUAUGAGACUGGAGAUGCUGAACCAUUCUGUGGUCCCGUGGUGCCCUGCUGACGAGACUGGAGUAGGAGGGAUCCAGUGGGAGAGAGCAGGUCCUGGAGUAGUGGCUAAAGUGGAGUGUCCUGCUCACUACACGGGUGUCGCUACUAGACUGUGUUUGCUGGGGGAGGGACACCAGGCUCGCUGGCAGACCCCGGACUUCUCUGACUGCGUCUCCGAUAAGAUUACUGCUAUAUCCAACAACUUCCACAAGGUAACCCUUGGCUUCGGAAACACAACGGCAAUGGACGCUGUGUUCGGUGUGCUCACCUCCUUGAGGGACCGGGGAGUUAUAUAUCCUGGGGAGGGUGAGCCCGCCAUCUCCCUCCUGCACCGAGUAGCCACCUACUUGAACCUGACAGCGGGGUGGGAGGAGCUCGCCAACUCCACCAGCUUCCUCUACAGCGCCGUCAACACGCUACUGCUCCACCGCAACUCCAUCAUCAACCAUCAGAAAGUGGAGGAGUUACAGCAGGUGGUGAGUUUGUGGUCGGGACUGUGGGGAGCUCAGGGGGGAACCGGAAGUGCUCAUCUCGCCUUUGACAGCCUUGUGGUGGACAUGUUCCGGUACGAGGAACCGUCCUUCCGGCGCGGCCUCACCCUUCACAUCCCCAGGCCCACCCUCAGUUACCCACCGUGGCUAGCCUCCAGAGUUCUUCUGCACGUGGAGAGCGACAGAGUGUACCAGAACGCCACCUCCAGUGUUGCUAUCAUAGUCUACCACAGGCUCUCAGAGUUUCUGCCGCAGCGCUAUUCGCAGACUCUCGAAAAUGGAAGUGAGGUCCAGUAUGAGAUAGCUUCUGAGGUGGUGGCGGUGGUGGCGAGAGGACCGCUGGUGGUUCUACCCUCCCUGGAACUGGCUUGGAACCCUCGCCCUGGCUGGCAAGUCCGGUGUGCGUCCACUGGAACCUCGAGUUCACAUUGGAACCUGACGGCGUGCCGUGCAACUCCACUUUCCCACAACCACACGCUCUGUCACUGCCCUGUGCUGGGGACUUACGCGGCCAUGUUAGUCAAGGUCAUCCAAAAUCGUGAUCAACAACCCAGGAAGAUGUCUCCGCGCAUCAUCCUGGUGGGCUGUGCCUGCUGCCUGGUACAGUCUCUGUUGACUCUGGCACUCCUGCUGAUGCGCUGGUGGCGACACAGGACCUGUCUCGUGUUUCUCAAACUGCAAUCCUGCGCUGCCACAGUUGCCGCCAUGUUGUUCUUCUUGUACGCCUUCAGUCGCACUCUUCCACAGCUUUCCUAUCCGUCCAUAUCCAACAGUUUGCAAGCCAUCAUCCUCAUCAGCAUGUCCAGCCAUCUCAGCAAGAUUCUACUGGUCUACACGGAGAUCGUGUACCUGCCCAAUGUGAAGAACCUCAAGCAAACCAUCAUAUCCAUCAUGUCUGGAAUCCCUCUCCUGGUCGUGCUCUGCAACCACAUCGCUCAAGUGUCUAUGGACGCCCCUGUCAUCUCCUGGUGGUUGAUGCGCAGAACGACAGUAUUCUACACUUGCCUCUCUUCGGGUUGUCUUCUGAUCAUCCUCUUCGUUUUCCUCCACUUUCACGUCUCCAAGAGACUCAGGAGCUUAGUGACCUCAAAAAAUGUGGACACGAAAAAAGCCAUAACGAGACGAUUAGGACUUCUGAACAGAGCGGGCGUUGUCUUUGGAGCCACCACAAUCAUGGCGGGAUCCAGCGUCCUGUACAUCAACUACCCCACAGUCAGAUGUCAAUACUUGUUCAGCCUAUCCAGUGCCUUAUUGGGGUUUCUUCUGCUCGUGUGCUACAUUCUGCACUGCGAGUCACCGCUGCACCUCCACGUGCUGAGGACAUUCAAGCUGCAGCACGCUGAUAACCCCGCAUUCAGCUCGGAGUCGGACAGCAGCCCUCUGAGCAUAUUUACGAAGCAAGAACCCGAGGUGGAGUGUGAGGGAGCACCGCCACACACUCACGACAAGCCCCCGCCACACAGUGGGAGACCCGAGCCACACAAGGAGUCGUCGCCCACGGCUUGUCACCGGACUAGGGAUACGGAAGCGACCAAGGAGAACUUGUCGUUGUCUUCCAUCUGCCUCAACAUGUCCAAGGGUGUGAAUUUCAAAAGUGAACUUUCAACAGUGAGCGAGAAGGUAUCCAAGGAUGAGCAGCAGUACCACCACCAGCCACUAGUAGACAUGGAGGUGUACCCCGGCAGUCCUCGCAAGUUGACCAAGGAGCACCACAAGAGUUAGUAUUAGUCUUCGUAGCAGUAACACUAACUCGUAAUGUGUGGCCAGUGAGCGAGAAGGUAUCCAAGGAUGA